CGGGGCAAGUUUGUGGGAUUUAAUCGCGGGCUAUAAAUGGGGUUGCUGGAACUUUAAAAGGCAGCAAGCUGUGGUUGGCUGGUAGCGAGAUUUGGAGUAACAUAUGGCAUUAAAAGGCGCACAGCUGGAGGUAGCAUUUCCAUCGCAGUGAAGUCAGAGCAGCUGACUCUCCAGCUUGCGGUGUAAUUAGCAAACCGAGCACUCCUCCUUCCCUCCGCCCGCCUGCCUCCCUCCCGCCGCGCCGCGCUCGCACCCGCACCGCUCCGCGCUCCUCCCGCACGGCUCCGGCUCCGCGCCCCGGGAAGGUUAUGAAGGAAGAAUGGAGUUUCCAGACCAUAGCCGCCAGUUGCUGCAGUGUCUGAGUCAGCAGCGUCACCAGGGCUUCCUGUGUGACUGUACUGUGUUGGUUGGAGAAGCUCAGUUCCGAGCGCACAGAGCCGUCCUCGCCUCUUGCAGCAUGUACUUCCAUCUUUUCUACAGGGACCAGUUAGACAAAAGGGAUAUUGUGCAUCUGAACAGUGACAUUGUCACGGCCCCUGCCUUCAGCCUGCUGCUCGAAUUCAUGUACGAGGGGAAGCUGGAGUUCCACAGCCUCCCAGUGGAAGAUGUGCUGGCCGCCGCCAGCUACCUCCACAUGUAUGACAUUGUGAAAGUCUGCAAGGGCAAGUUGAAAGAUAAAGAAUCGGGCUCGGAGGAGAAGCCGGGCGAUGAGGCGGCCGUGCUGGACAAAGCGGAGCGUUUCCUCGAUGAGUUUGAGCCGGGGGGCAAAGCGAGGUCGGAAUACGAACGGGCCGUGGGCAAGGAGAAGGUGGGAUCCCACCCCGCCUGGCCCUGCGGCCCCCCCAGCCUCAGCCCGGCCGAGGCAGAGCCCUGCGCGGCGGCAGCUGGAAAAACAAAGGCGAACGUCAAUAGUUGUGCGGGACCUUUGUCCCAAAGGUCCGCCAGCCGUCCCCCGGUGUCGAGCGAGGCCGACUGCGCGCUGGAUUUGUCUUUCAAGCCCGUGCUGGGGAGAGAUUCCUUGCAGCCCUCCUAUGCCUUCGGACAGCUGGCUUCCGACAGCCAGCAGCAGGGCACCGAGCCACUGGUGAAGGAUGAACAAGAGUCGCUGUCAGAGCGGGAGGACGGCGAAGCCGGCAGUCCGGAGAGUCAGCAUUUUGGGAACUCGGCCAAGAGCCUGGUGACAGGGUUAGGACACAUGUUCGCGGGGAAUGGCAGCUCUCACGGCCGGGAGGAGGACCUAGACCAAGAGCGAGAGGAGAGCGAGGACGACAUGGACCCCGCGGACAUCUCUGCGGGCGUGCUGGUGCCCCCGGGGCACAUCUGCAUCUGCCCGCUGUGCAGCAAGGUGUUCCCCAGCCCGCACGUCCUGCAGCUGCACCUCAGCUCCCACUUCCGCGAUAAGGACGGCGCCAGGAGCCGCCUCUCCCCCGACGGCGCGGUGCCCACCUGCACCCUCUGCGGGAAGACUUUUUCCUGCAUGUACACCCUGAAGCGGCACGAGCGGACGCACUCGGGCGAGAAGCCCUACACCUGCGGGCAGUGCGGGAAGAGCUUCCAGUACUCUCACAACCUGAGCCGCCACGCGGUCGUGCACACCCGUGAGAAGCCCCACGGCUGCAAGUGGUGCGAGAGACGCUUCACGCAGUCGGGGGAUCUGUACAGACACAUCCGCAAGUUCCAUUGUGGCCUUGUCAAGUCUUUGGUUGUUUGAGACGUGGGAUUCUUAUUAUUUUUCCUCCCUCCCACCCCCCCCUUCGCCCUCUUAAAGCAGGGAAAAUAGGCAGCAUUUGAAUCUUUUUUCCUUUUUUUUUCCCCCCCCCUCCCCCCUUUUAUUUUGGUGAUAUUCACUUUUCAGGUAUUUGAUCUUUAAAAAAAUGCAGAGGUACACACUCCAGAGGCCUUUCAAUGCAAUUCCGCCUCCCAUUUCCCCAGCCCUGCCCCUCUCACCUCUCUGCCCCUCAGAUCUUCCCAUGUUCCAUUAUUAAUGUGAAACAAUCUCAGUAAUUCUGCAGUGAUUUAGCGCCUGCUCUCGUGCUGGAAGUACUCGCUCUGUGGUUGGGGAGGUUCUAUUUAUUUAUUAAGUUUUAUUUUAAGUUGGAAGAAGGAUUGAUUGUCAAUUCUGGAGAAGUGCUUGGAUCCUGUUAAGCUCCCUGAUUCAUCUGCACGUUGCCCAGAGAUGUUUGGGGAGAUGAGCGAUGCUUUCAGUACAUUUCAGUGCAGAGGAAGUUCUCUGUAGUGCUCUCUCUUGAGUAGCUGGCAGCAGCCUUGUGGAGCUGGAGGAAACUCUAACUGGCCCAGAAAGUAAAAACGGGGGGUGUGUGUGAGAAUACCUGGGUACUCCUUUGGUACUGCUCACUUCGUAAAAUUCUCUUCAUUAUUUUGGAAUAGCUCCACUAUUGAAUGUGAAGGUUUGCUUUCAGGCCUGAUUUGUUUCCCUCCUGCCUACCUUCCUCACCUACGGAGCUGCCUGGUGGCCCCAAUGGGCACGGAUCCAUGCUGUCCCCAGCUGCUUUUAUCCCCAUGUUGCCCCACAGGGACUGAUGUGGUGGGAACAGCUUUGGGCUGGUGCUGCUCCAGAAGGCAGGAGAUGCCCUGCUGCCUGCUCUGAGAGGUGCCCUGCUGCCUUGCUUGGAUCAGCAGCUCAGGAUUUAAUUUAUUUUUAUUUUUCAUGAAAUUAGUGAUUCCUCUGGGCCCCGUUCUGUGCAAUCCCUGAGGGCCAAAUGAAGGGAAACCACUGGAGGGAGGCACAGCCCAGCUCUCCCAUCCCACCCAGCCAUUCACCACCUUACCAGGGGAGGUUUUAGGAUUUGGGUUUUUAUUUUUAUUAUUUUUAAUUCCUCUAAGCUGAGGCUGCCUGUAACCACAGCCAGCGUUACUCCAAACACAACUCAAUGCCUUGCCUGGUAGAGCAUCCUUUAUGUCAGAUGAUUCCCACCCUGUUGAGUUCUCCAUUUGAGGUAUGUGUGCGUGGGGCUGAGGUACAUCAGAGGGUUCUGACUGCUGUUCUCCAUUACUGAUCUUCACCAGUUUUCCUGACACUCCUGGAACUGUUCUGUGAAGCACAUAAGUUUAUUUUUAAAUGAACGUGAAGCACUGAGUUUGAUUUUUUUUUUUUUUUAAUUUUUUCUUAAAGUUGUGCUUUAAAUACUGUACUUCACCUUAUAAAGAAAAAAAAUUGCCUAAAGCCUUCCCCCUCUGGUCCAAAACCUGAGCACUACCUACAUGAGUAAUAUGGGAUUUGGGUUUUUAUUUUUAUUUUUUAUAACUAAGUACUUCCUCUUAAAGAAAAAAUAUUGAGAUAUACUUGUUGCAGCCUCCUCCCAUUCAUCUCUUAAACUAUGAAUGUACAUGUAAUGUGAAAUUUUGCUUCUAUUUAUAGUUUGGGGUUUUGUUUUCAGUCUGAUUUCUCAACUGUAAAAUAUUUUUGCUGAACCUGUUACAUAUGGAAGUCGUGGGAGAGUUCUUUAUCUUAAGUGUCUUUGGUACUGUGGUCUUAUUCUACUUAAUCAAUUUCUGUUCUAUUUCUCCUUUUGUUGCUGUGAUUGGAAAUAGCACUGAACAAAAUCUACUAAAAUUAAGUUAUUUUUUUCUUUCUACUAAAAUUAAGUUAUUUUUUUCUCCUGAAGAUACUUGAUAUAGUAUUUAUUAGCUUUUUUUUUUUUUUGAAGUGGAAUUGUUACUGUUAAUCUAUUUCAAAACUAGUUACUUUACACUUUAAAUUUUAUAACGGUGGUUUUGCAUGUUGAACAACAUGUAAGGAGUUAAUGUAGAGUCAGCAUUACUGGAGCUGGAGAUCUUAAUUUUGCAUCCUUGUUACGCUUUUUGCCUUUCAGUCUUCAGUUUGUUGGGUUUUUUUGUUGGUUAUUUUUUCCUAGGAGCAUAAAAGAGGCUGUGCCGUAAGACAUCCCUGAUGUAUGGAGCAGGGAAAGGUUGAACCAAGUUUGUGUCUGACGUUAGUGUAGGAAUAACUCAUUAAACUGAUGCUAUGAGCAUACUCUGUACUGCAGUGAAUACAGGACAAAAGUUUUUUUUUUUAAAGAAAAAAAAGACUUUUCUCAUUCUUUCCUCCAUCACAAACACGUUGUUCUCAUAGUCUGGUAUUUGUGUUCCCACUCGUCAUAGCUUGAAUUUCUAAAGUAAAGAUGUUUGCACUUAUUUUUGUUCUUAAGGUGAAUUUUUUUGGCUCUCUCUCUCUCUGUGUCUCCAAGCUGCAGUAGCUCUGAGCAUGUUUUCCCAGGGGUUCGUGGCUCUACAGAGAAGUACUCAAACCAUUGCACACUGGGCUCAUCUUUGCAGGAACUCUGUCAGUGUGGGGCAGUCGCUGUCUCAGUAGGGGACGGUGCUGCGCUGCAUUCUAAACACUGGAUUUGUCUUCUACUGCAAACAAAUACUGUGAAGUUGAUGUAAAAACAAACAAAAAAAUAACUCACACACACAAAGAAAAAACAUUGAUAUUUUUAAUUGUUUUUAAUCUUUGGUGCAGUUCAGAUUAAAUAUGUAUAUUUAAAGACACUAAUUUUUUUGUGGGAGAGUUUUAUAGUAUACAGUAUGUAGAAAAAGCUAUCGGAAUGGAGUAUAUUUUAUAAGAACAUUCUAUCACUGUUUUAUAGUGAACUAUUUUUCCUUCAGUGUUAGCGUUGUGCUGUUAGCUUAGGUCCGACAAUCGCAGGGAGAGUGACUUCAGCUGUUGUUAGCGCUUAGUUUUGCGUGGAGUUCUGUUUGCAACUGUAUUGGUAUGUGCUUGUACAAUGUGACAAUCGUGACUAGGAUUGUUGUCUUUACAAAUUUCCACAAAAUAAAAUGUGCUAGAGUUGUAAACUUGAGCCUCCUCUUCCCCCUGUAGCGGAAGGGGAGGGUGGUUGGGGUGGUUGUGACGUACAGCUGGUGCUGCUGCUUUCAUUGCGUUUGUUGUAGACUCAUUAAAGUUGGAAAAGACCUCUAAGGUUAUCUAGUCCGCCUGCCACCAAUAUUGCCCACUGAAGUUGAUGCUCCACUAUUUCUUUUUUUUCAGGGUCGGUGGGAAUUGUAGAUAAGCAAAGUGCUGUGCACGGUUGGAUCCUGAGCCCACGUGGAUGGAGGGAGCUGUGCAGGCACCAAAACCUCGGUGGGUUUGGAAGAGCUGAGCUCUGCCCCAGCUCCUGCUGUCCUGCAGCUGUUUGCCUUCAGCAGGAGCUGGGGUUGGGAGGAGGAAGACAUGAGCUGCGUGCACCAGCUGCUGCUUGUGGGGAGGAGAGGAGCCCACGGAUGGUUUUGCACCUGUAUUACGUCUUUUAUUGCUUAAUUCUUGUGAGGCAAAGGGCCCUGCUGGAAUCAGGCUGCUUUGGGAUGGUGCUCCUUAAGGGAAGGGCAAAUGAGAGGUGGUUCUGGUGUGCAGGCACAGCUAUCUGCCCUCCUGCUGUCAGGUUGCUGCUUCUCUGCAAUGCUAUCAAAACAGGAAUAUUUCCUGUAUUUAAUCAUGCUUGGUGCAGCCUGUGUGUCCGUUGCCAUCCAUAGGGAGCACUGAGAUGUGUCGUUCCUGCAACAUCUGGUUCUGAGGCAAAAUCUUAGAAAUACUUUAAAGUUUGUAUUUCACCCUUUGAAGAGGGAGAAGGGUGGAAAUCUCCCUUCAUUUGCUUUGUCUGUGGCAUGCUCUUUAAGUGAGUGGAAGGAGGUAUAACUCACCCUGCUCAAAUCUGGGUGCUGUGCUGUGCUAGGGAGGCAGCAAGCUUUUCUUGGUGGGGAAGGGGGGAAUCUGGGGGUGGGAGGGAGAAGAAGCAAAAAGAGCUCCUCCUGGGAGAUGGGCAGCUAUAAAUAACUGCACAUAGACUGAGGGGAGCAGCCCACGUCUGUGCUGGUGUGGGCAUGCUGUGCCUUUUUUUGUUGUAGUUGCUGUUGUUAUCAAUUGCUAAUGCGAAUUCUGGCACUCCAGAUCCUGAUGACUGUUGUUCUGAUAACGUAAUUAAAUCUGCGGAAUGUGAAAGAAGAAACCCAGCUGCUGAGUUGAUGCUGGAGGGGCUGCGUGCACAUGGAGGGACCAAAGGAACCUUCAGAUGCUUUGGGCACAGGUUCCUGACUUGCAGGUACACAGGGAGUGCUGCUAACCUUAAUUACGAGUGAGGGGUAAUAGCAUAAAAUCAUAAAGGAAUGUCUGCCCUCCUAGCCAUGUCCCAUUGCUGGGCUGUGAGGGUCAGUCCUGGAAGGUGCUGGCAAAGUGGGCCCCUGCUGCUCUUGAAAAGCUUGGCUCUUGUUGGGGUGAGUCUUACAAGACGUUUUCAUUUUUAACUUCUCAGGAAGUCAGUUGAAAACAGGUGAUCUAGCUUUGGGCAUACAUAGCAGUGGCCAUGUGCCAUUAAGUGCCACUGUACAUCUGAAUGCCACUGAGUACCAGCUCUUUCCUAGUUUAGUUAAUAGGGCAUAGAUUUGAUCCCAGCCACCACGGAAAGCUCGUGCUGGCCCGUGGGGAUGUCAUCAGGUGAGGUUCCCUAGUGCUGUUGCAUCCUACCUUGUGGAAUUGCACAGUGUGGAUGGGCCAUGUUUAUUCCUUACAUUCUUGCAGGUGAGCCAAGUCUCCAGGCCAGUGAUAAGGGAAACCUCCAUGAGAAACGGUUGGGGUUGGGAAGUGUGGGGAGGAUCUCUUGCCCAGCUUGGUGGUGGCACCUCUGCCAUCCAGCUUCUAGCUGUCACUGUGUCAUCCUGAGCUUCACUUGCCUUUGAGUAUUUUUCUGUGCCUUUUGCUGAGGUAUGUGCAGAGCAGAACAUGAAGCAGCAGCUGUUAUCUGAGGAAAUCAAUGGCAGGUGUGACCCAGCAAAAACAGCCUAUGUAGGACAAAGCUGGGCUGGAGUGAAAUGGAGUAUGGUGUGGUUGGUGUGUGAAAACGCCUUGCCCUGGGAGGAGGAGAGGAGAAGGAGGAACUGUGCACACAGUGACCUGCUUGAGGAACAUUUUGUCUCAAAUUACUUGCUGUUUGGUAUUGAGGAGGACUGAACUGGAAGUGCUGUGGAUUGAGCAACUUUGCACAGAGAGGUGUCUUUCACCGUGGUGCAUUCAAGGGCUGCUGCUCUGUUGCCCAUGCAUGUGACUGAGGUGGGGACAGUGGCUGAAGAACGCAGGGCACUUUCCAAACUUGUACCUCUGUCUUCCUGACAGGUUCUUUUCAUCCCAAUUAAAAAAAAUAAAAAAAUAAAAAAUAUCACUAGCACUGUUGAAUAGGAGGAGAAAGAGCAAGCAGUUUGGUUUUUGUUACCUGUUUCCUGUUUAUUAUGCUCUGUCAUACAGCUGCUCACUUCUGUACACAGCUGGCUCCCGUGUCCUCUUAGAAGGAGCUGUUGCAGAAAAUUAAAGUGCUUGUCAACCUGGCUUUAAAAAUAAAGACCUAUUACUGCAGAUGAAUACAGGGCCUUGUACGUGCAUUGAGACAGCGGUGCUGCCUUCCCUGGUGGGUGGUCAGUUCUGUCCCCUUCAGCCCCAUAAUGCUAACAACCCUGGCCCCAGUUCCCCUUCCUGAGCUCCUAGUCCAUCUCCUCAAACCCUCUCAAGAAGCCCUGGGGGCAGAGGCUUUUCCCAAGUGGGUUUGGAGAAAUGCGCUUUUGGGACAAAAUCGCUAGGAAAGGGAUGAUAUUAGACUUACUAACACAGGAAUUUGGGGAAAACAGCAGUUCAAAUGACACCUUUACUCACGGGUUGUUCCUCCUGGGGAUGGCUCAGCCCACAUACUAGGUACUCUCCGUUCCCCAACCUUCCUUAUCUCUCCCUUCUUUCCUGAGCUAUCCAGGUGGUGUUAGGAACCAUCUGCUGCAGUGAUUCAGCAGAAUCCAUUUAGUGCUUUCCCAGUGAGGCCAGCAUCUGCCAGGCAAGGGGGAGGCUGUGGGGAAGCCCAGCACAUCUGCUGCUGUGGCUGCAAGCAAGGCUGGGGUCAGCCCUACAGCCUCAUCCCAGACGCCCCCUGGAUGGUGUGCAGGUUGCAGCCACCCCAUUUAGCGCGGGCCGUGUCCCCAGUUGUGCCUUGCCUGGCUCAGGCUGAGUGGUUAAUUAUCAAAUGGCCAUUUUGGCUCGGGCUGUGCUCAGGAAGAAGCUGUGCCACAAUUUGCUGCGGUGUCUGUCUGGUGCUUGGCAGGCACUGGGCGUCCUGGCUGGCAUGAGGUAGGAGCCAGACAGGGCUGUCAUCCCUCCCCAAGGUCACAGUGAGGGAGCUCAGGCUGGAAACAUGAGCAUCACAAUGCUUGGUGCACAAGUUGGAGGAAAUAAGGCACUAAGUUUCCCUUCUGGGGCAAUAAAGCAGCUCCAGUGCAGCAUAAGUGCAGGACAAAUGCAAUGUGAGUAUGGAGUCUGUGUGAGAGCAUGCUUGCAGGAGGGAGAAAGGAUAAUCCCAAUUUCCUGUUGGACAGCACAGAUCCAGAAUUUACUUGGGCUUGGUUCUGGGCAAUUGCUUGACUCUUGCUCUGGGGUGGGAGGAGGAUGAUUGUGCAGAUAACAAAAUGAAUGUUAUUAGUGAUGCUGACUUCCCAGCCCAUUGGUGAGACCUAAGCCAGUGCCUGGCAGCAGCUGCC